AGUUUGGAAUUGAAAUCUCCAAACAGUACUGCUGUUCUUAAUCUCAUCAGAACGUCGAUUCCAAUGUUUUCGUUCAAUUUCGUUGGUUAAUUCGAUGAUAUUGAAUGCAGCGCAAAGUGCUGUCUCUAACAUUUUUUAGCAUAGAAAUUCUAUGUUUAUGUAAAGCGCAUUGCGUCGCCUAACAUUAACUCGCAUUCGUUUACUGCGAGUUUAUCUUGCGGUUUUGUGGUUCAAAGCAGAAUCGUAUCGAGCUCAAAGCUUCAACUGAAAUGAAACUACGAGGAUAUUUACUGGUGCUCUCAUUCGACGUUUGCACAUUCAGAAACGACCACGGCACAGUGAGCAACAACACAAGGGCUCAUUGAUUAUAUGGACCAGUGAAAUACUGUUCGCAUUAGGGACUGUCUUUGGAUAUCAAAUAUUCAACAAUUAAUAUUACGUGGGACAAGAUAAUAUCGCAUGUGAAUCAAGUUCCUAGUUGUAUCGGCGAAAAGGGUGGUGAUUUAAUGUGCUUAACAGAAAGCGCGAAAAGUCCGUGACACGUUAUUCGGAAAACGAUACACUCUGUGAGGAGGGUCAAAAAUGAAGUUUUGAAACGUGUUUGGUUCUGGAAUAAAAUACAGAAAUUUUCCAUUCUAUAUCGUAAACACAGAGGUUUUUUAAGUAGUGUAUACCAGCAGGCGUUCUCGAUUUUCAUUUCCCCGACCGAGAGUUGUCCAUUUAAGAGGAGUUCGAAUCCAAAAGAUCCGUAAAAUAAAACAGCAUUGCGGAAAACGAGUAAUAUUCCCACGGCCCUCAAAUCGUUUACAACCAUGGUGGAACCACCAAGUAUGCCUAAUAAUUCAGACUACGUCGAGCCUAAUCCUCCCGACACAAUGAGUGAGACUCUACCAGACACAGAUGAAGUGAUCAAGAUAAUGGAACGGGGGACAUUGGCCUGCAUAUUUGACUUGGAAAAACGACCGGAGGAUAAACAGCUCAUGAUACGGAGGGAAACCAGGCAAAUCAUUUGGAAAAGAAAUGUCAAUCUUCGCUCGUACGAUGGUUCCGUCGAGUUCAGGGACAUCAAAGAGAUCAGAAGUGGCAGGUGCUCCAAGGAUUUUGAAAGAUGGCACUCUGAAACAAAAAAAAUGAAAGCAGUGCGGGCUUUUGUUAUCUAUUACGGAUCUAAGUUCCUCCUUAAAACAAUAUCUGUAUACGUGCCUACUGAAAGAGACCGUUUAAUUUGGGAGUUCGGUCUACAGUGUUUGAUGAGUGAUACCAAGAAAUCUUCGUCCGCCGCGCUGUUUCACAGUUGGUUGCAAAAAGAGUUUUAUGAAAUGCAAAGCGCGCAGGGAACAAUGGAGUUAAAAAAUCUGAAGGUAUUUUUAUCACGACACAAUUGUAAUCUUUCCACCCCGAAACUUAAGGAAUUUUUGGAAAAUUUUAAUCCAGAAAAUCAAGACGAAAUAGAAUUUGGUGCCGCUGUUAAACUGUAUCACAAAUUAUUGUCCGAACACGAAAAAUUCACGGGCUACGACAGAUUACUUAGUUAUUCGGAAAACGGAGAAACCAUGACUGUCCAAGAGUUUCAUAAAUUCUUGAACGAAGAACAGAAAGAUCCAGUUACAGAUGAGGCAGAGGUUGCUCGAUUUAUUACGGAAUACAUUCACGAAUUACGAAAAGAUGAUGAAACACCUUACUUAAUGAUGACGGAGUUUUUCGAGUUUUUAUUUUCCAAAGAAAAUGAAAUUUGGGAUACGAAAAAUGACCAAGUUACACAGGAUAUGACUCAACCUUUGUGCAAUUACUGGAUCGCCUCGUCUCAUAACACAUACUUGACUCGCGAUCAAUUGCUCGGCGAAAGCAGCUGCGAAUCGUACGCUCGAGCUCUGAGAUCAGGCUGCAGAUGCAUCGAGCUGGAUUGUUGGAACGGAUCAGAUGGAAUGCCUGUCAUUUAUCACGGACAUACGGCAACGCCAAAAAUCAAGUUUAUCGACGUGAUAAACACCAUCAAGGAUCACGCCUUUGUUACUUCUGAUUACCCAGUCAUCCUUUCGAUUGAGGAACAUUGCGACUUGUAUUACCAACGCAAAAUGGCUUCGAUCAUGCGAAAAGUGUUCGGUAAAAUGCUCCUAACGAAACGUAUCACCAGAGUCGAGCCAGAGCUUCCGUCUCCGGAAAUGCUACGUGGAAGAAUAAUAGUGAAACACGGAACACUCCCGGAUCACGUAGAACAGAAACCAGUGGUAAAGCAACCAAUUCCCGACGAAGUGGAGCAGGAAAUGGACCUAAGGAAUACCAUAAAAAGCGGUAUUUUAUACCUCGAAAAUUCAGUUGAAAAAACUUGGGUUCCGCAAUUUUUCGUACUGACUGAACGGAAGUUGUACUACACUGAUAUUAUUUUGAAGAAUUCGGAAACAAAUGUGGAAGAGGAAGAAACAGGUUCGACACCCCGAGCAUCUGGAGACGUGCCGAAUGAGGAGUUACACUACGGGGAGGAAUGGUUCCACGGAACGUUGAGCAAAGGAAGACAAGAGGCGGAAGAGCUGCUCAACCGCUUUUCGCACCUUGGCGAUGGGACGUUUUUGGUCAGGCAAAGUGGAGUCUUUGUGGGUGAUUACUGUCUCUCGUUUUGGCACGGAGCGAAGCCAAAUCACUGCCGCAUCAAAUCGAGACAAGAGGGGGGCCGAACAAAGUUCUACUUUGUGGAUACCAUGUGUUUUGACGACCUUUACAGCCUCAUAGUAUACUACAGGACCCACCCGCUCAGAACCCAACAAAGAUCAACUAUUUUGCUAACUCAACCGGUCCCUCAACCGAGUAAACAUGAAGAGAAGAAUUGGUGGCAUCCUGAAUGCACUCGUGAAGAAGCUGUUAAGCUUCUAAAAGAAGUUUUCCUUGACGGAGUCUUUUUAGUGAGACAAAGUGAGAUGGAACCCCAUACAUAUGUUGUUUCAUUCAGAGCAGACAGAAAGAUCAAGCACUGUAGGAUAGGGGUGGAGGGUCGCCUUUACACUAUCGGUGUUUUCCAGUUCGAAAGCUUGGUCGAAUUGAUCAGUUACUACGAACGUCAUCCCCUUUACAACAAGACUAAACUCUCUCAUUCUGUUACCCAGUGUCAAACAAUGAUGAAUCAGAAUGGCGUGAACGCAGAGUUUGCAGCCCUUUGCUCGGCUGGAUAUAUGGAUCACAGUUAUUUCGCCGCAACGGUAACGGUGAAAGCGAUUUAUGAUUACAUAGCGAACCGAGACGACGAAUUAACAUUUUCGAAACACGCGAUAAUUACAAACGUCAACCGCGGCGACGGAAACGGAGGCUGGUGGCGAGGAGAUCAUGGAGGAAAAAAGCAACUACUAUUCCCUUCCAACUAUGUUGAGAAUUUUGAACCCGACGUCAAUCACGAUGAAUCGCCGGAAAUGAUAAUAGUGGCAAAUCUUCAAAAAGGAUCCCUUGAUAUUAUGGGCGCAGAGGCGACUUUCAUACUACGAGACCGGCCAGGAGUCAGUGGCAUUAUCAGAGUAAGAAACUCGAAAGUACCCGACGUAGUUUUUGAUUUAGCUGCGUUGUCAGAUGAUUCCGCAAAGGAUUGGAUGAGGUGCCUUAAAGAAGCAGUGAAACACGCCAGCGCUAAGCAAAAGAAACGUAACGCAAUGGAGCAAAAAAAGAAGAUAGCAAAGGAAAUGUCUGAUCUCACGAUAUAUUGUUGUACUGUUUCAUUUGAUAAGGAGUCAAUAGUCCAAAAUGGAUUUGUAUGCCACCAGAUGAGUAGCUUCCAGGAAACAAGAGCUCAGAAGCUUAUAUGUACUCUGGAAAAUAAAUUUUUCCUCAAGUAUCACCAGUUUCAACUAAGCAGAGUCUACCCAGCAGGAUUACGAUUUGCUUCCUCAAAUUACAAUCCCGUUCCCCUCUGGAAUUCAGGAAGUCAAAUGGUAGCCCUGAAUUAUCAAACCGGGGAUAAGUACAUGCAGCUGAACCAGGGAAAGUUUCGAGAGAACGGCAAGUGCGGAUAUCUUUUGAAACCCGAGUUCAUGAAGAAGGAUCAUUUUGAUCCGUACGAUAAGGAUACGCUGAUCGACGUAGACACUCUGAAACUUAAACUGAUAAUCAUCGGCGCGAGGCACUUGAGGCAAUUGCCGAAAGGACUCGGUUACCCUUCUGUCGAUAUUGAAAUUAUCGGUGCCGAUUUUGAUACCGGGGCUCACAACAAAUACACGACACAGACUGUAGAGAACAAUGGCUUCAAUCCAAUAUGGGAUGAAUGCUGCGAAUUUGAGGUAGCCAAUCCAGAUUUUGCCAUGUUGCGAUUCGUUGUUCACGACGAAAGUGUGUUUGGAGAGGGUAUUUUCAACGGCCAGGCUACCUACCCGGUUCGUUGUUUGAGGUCAGGUUUCAGAAGUGUGCCAUUGCAAAAUAAAUUCAGCGAAGAGAUGAAAUUUGCUUCACUAUUAGUUCAUCUCACCAUUGAAGUUGUAAAGAAACCUGAAAUAACAAGGACCGACUCAUCUACAAGCGGAUUACAUGAGAGUGCUCUGGAAAUGAAUAACAUAACUGAGAACGGCAAUGUAUCAGAAUCAGAUCCCGAAUCUUCAAUUUUCUACUACUCCGUUGGAAGCAGCUCUUCCCAGAGCGAAUUGGAUAUGACUGGUCACAGUCAGAUUCUUAUACCGUAGAAGAUUUUCAGCGAUAAGAGUCCAAGCGCAAUGGUCUGAUGGCAACUUGCUUGUGGAAAGGAACGUCUUAGGCCUGACUAUCUAAAGAAGCGUUUGUACCGCAUAAGCGUCACUAAUUACAUAUGUAAAAUAUUUCACACAGCGGUGUCGACACCUUGUUAUUAAAGUGGUUCACCUUGGCACGUUAAUGCUUACUGAGUAAUCGAUGUCAGAGGAAUGUUGUGCCAAGUGUGAAAUACCAAUAUUUGACGUUUCGUUCGAGAGUGAUCGUUGAUAAAAAUUGGAUCUUCAACUGAACAAAAUAAUCGUUAUAAUUAUUAUAACCGUUAUUUUUUUAUUAUUAUUUUUGUUAUUAUUUAUAUUUCAGUCAUGUUAUACAAACAGUUAUUCUUUUACUUUUCACCUUAUGUUCCAGAUUAAUAUAAGAAUUUAUACGCGCUUGAACUUAUGAAUGAACGUGACAAACACAUGAAUUUGAUUUCUUCACUACCGAUUACUGUUAUAUUUUUGAUUAUUCCUCUACUACACGACGAAGGCAUAUCCGGUUAGAUAUGGAACUUUAGUUAAGUUUUCGUGAACCUCGUACGUGUAGAUGUGUUUCAUAGCGUAAUACUAAGGUUUGUAAUACAUUGGCACACACAAAUACAUUAUAUAUAAUGAAAAAAAUCACUGCUAUAGAUAUAAACAAUACAAAUGCCAUCAGUAAUUUGAAUCCAUUCGUAUACCAUCUUCGAUGCCACGAAGGAAAGAGCAAUACUUUAAACAUCUAAUACGAAUUAGUAUGUGCCAUUUAAUAAUAUUCUGUGAAAAAAUCAGUCUCUUAAAUUCAUGAAAAUUUGCGAAUCACCUUAUACGAUUUAGCAAGACUGCGAAGAAACACCAUAUACGUAUACGUAUGUAUACAUAUUGCGGAGGUGCGAGUUCCCGAAAGCUUGUGAAGCAAGGUUUGGGUUCGGGACGGGUUUGUAUCGGAUCGAGUUUUUUGGCAAUCCCGAAAUUGUUGGGGAACCCGAAAUCUUCGUAAGCCCUGAGAUCUGUGGGAAACCAGACAUUUUUGAAAAACUCGAAACGUGGGUAGCCUAACUUACCUAAAAUUUGUAAUAUUGGACUAAAUGCUACUAAAAAAAAAUAGCAAAUAGUAUAUACAUAUAAAUGACAUCAAUAUUUUCAGUAAAAAGUGUAUAAUUUUUCAUCGGGAGAUCAGGAAAUCCCAAAAAUUUCGAUGCCAAAAAAAAAUAUUCAGCAUUUUCAUCCCAUUUUUGAGUCAUGACGAAAAGAUGUGUUUUGAAAUACCUGAUUUUACAAAAAAAUUUCAUCGAUUUUAAAAAUGUCCAUCGUCGCAUAAAGGAUAUUUUGAUUCGCGACACUUUUCCAAAUUAGCGGAAAAAUUUCGAAAAAUUAGAGGUAUCAAUUUUUGACCGAAAAAAGCCAAAAAAAUCUAUUGGACAUCAAAAUCUGAGGGGGUAAGGUCCAUGAUCCGUUGGUUUGAUGUGGAAUGCCCGAUAUACAUAUAAUAGAUAUGGUAGGUAAUACUACGCGUUUUUCACUGAAUCAUCAGGCUCAACUUCAUUCGUUAUUAUAUGGCACCAUUAAACUGGUAAAUACUAACUCGCUAUUAUGUAAUCCAGGAUGUGAAUAGAACAAAGAGCCCAAAUUCGAAUUAAGCACAUAUUGUAAACGUUAUUUCUAAUAUCGAUUGGAAAGUUUUUGUUACUCGUUACGGACGUUAAUGACAGAUUAAUAUUAAUAUACGAUUGCUAACUCAAAUAUAAUUUGAAUCAUGUGAAUCCAUGAUGAAACGUAAUUCAAGGAAAUUCAUUAAUGUUUGAUUGCUACAUCGAGAUGUAAACUUUAAUACAUUUCAAUUGGUAUAGUGUCGUUUGAAAAAAAAAACGUCGAACGAAGUUUGGUAAUGUUUCGUCUUCUGUUCAAAGUUCUCGUCUUUUACUUGCACUGUUUUUCACGUACAUACUUUCACAUUUGAGCUCUUCGAAAAUUACGCGCCAUACCUGAUACACAUUAUAUGAAUAUAUUAAGAAAUUACACGUUAAUGACAGUUCAAUCGAUUGGGGAUUUUCAUUUUGACUUUCCAGGUCAAACAAUAUUAUGUAACAAGUUCGAUUUUUCAUUCGCAAGUAAUAGCUGUCACCUUGGCUGCGACUGAUUAUUUGAAUUACAUAAAUGUAGAAACUUCCACAAAAGAAUAAUAUUGAUAGAAUGAACUUGUAACGUCUGCUUAUUUAUCCGUCUUACCUUGCGAACAAUGUUUCUUUAUAUUUUCCACCUAUUAAUCCAAA